AAAUACACACAGUCAAAGUGUCUUUUGCUCUCUCGCUCUCAAUGAGAGUCUAGUAGAAAAAGGUGACUAAAUUUAUGAUUGAGUUCGAUCGCGUUUUGAAACCGCAUUAAAAAAGUGAAUCGAUCCGCAAUUGGAUGGUUUAGUUAGUUGUCGACAUCGGUCGUGGUAACGUGUUUCGCUAGUUGCCCAAUCGAAUAAAUGCAAAAAUAUUUAUAUAAAUAAGAAUUAAAACCGAAUGGAAUUUGUUUUGUGUUUAGCCGAAAAGAAAUAAUAAUUUAUUUGUUUUGUGCCUGUGACGAAGGAAUUGUGUGUGCGUAUUUUCGUGUUUGGAUCUUCGAUUUACUUUCGUGGGUGUUGCAGUCGAGCAAAGAGAAAAUAUUUUGUAAAUUUGAUUUAGUCCAAAGUAAAAGAUUCCAAAAAUGUCUUCGUCAGUUAAUUUGCGAACAAUUUAUGCAUUUGCACGGGAAAUGUAUCCGAAAAAGGUCACCACAAACAUAGAGUAUGGAACAGCCGGAUUUCGUACAAAGGCCGAUAAAUUGGAUUAUGUGAUGUAUCGAAUGGGUCUGUUGGCGACAUUGCGAUCACGUGUAAAAGGUGGCCAAACGAUUGGUGUUAUGAUAACCGCAUCGCACAAUCCAGAACCAGAUAAUGGUGUGAAAUUAAUCGAUCCAAGAGGUGAAAUGUUGGAAAAUAGUUGGGAACAACUUGCUACGGAUUUGGCAAACGUCAGUGACAAAGAUUUACAAAGUGAAGUGGAGAAAGUCAUUCAAACGCACAACAUUGAUAUGGGCUCAGCGUCAUCGGUGUUCGUUGGUAUGGAUAAUCGAUACCAUAGCCCUGGUUUGUUGAAAGCCGUUUCAGAUGGUGUUCUAGCGCUGAAAGGAAAUGUUAAAUCGUUUGGUAUUGUUACCACGCCGAUGUUACACUACAUGGUACUUUGUUCAAAUUCAUGCGGCGCGUAUGGCACACCGACCGAAGAAGGAUAUUAUCAAAAACUAAUAACUGCAUUCAGAGCAUUGCGCGGAUCAGAAUGCGAACGUGGCAAUUACAAAAAUCAAUUGCUAUUCGAUGGUUCAAAUGGUGUUGGUGCACGGAAAAUGCUACAGUUUCUCAAACGAAUGAAUGAUGAACUCAAUGUCACUGUUUAUAAUCAAGGAGAAGGAAAAAUCAAUGAAAAUUGUGGUGCCGAUUAUGUAAAAAUCGGCCAAACCUUGCCCAUUGGAACACCUGAUUCGGAACCAUACACAAGAUGCGUUUCGAUUGAUGGCGAUGCUGAUCGUGUUGUGUACUUUUUCACAGAUGAAAAGAAGAAAUUUCAUUUGCUCGAUGGGGAUCGGAUCGCCACUUUGUAUGCUGGAUAUUUGAUGGACCUGGUUACCAAAUGCGAAAUUGACUUGAAAUUGGGAAUUGUACAAACGGCUUAUGCCAAUGGCGGCUCAACCGAUUACAUCGAAAAAGAGCUGAAAGUUCCAGUUGCUUGUGUGCCAACGGGUGUAAAACAUUUGCAUCACAAAGCACUCGAAUAUGAUAUUGGGGUGUACUUCGAAGCAAAUGGACAUGGAACGAUUGUUUUUAGUGAACAUACCAAGGAAUCUGUGCGUGCCGUAGCUGAUAAUUCAGAAUUGAAUGAAGAACAAAUUGAAGCAGCUAAAAAAUUGUUAAGCACCAUCGAAGUAAUCAACGAAACCGUUGGUGAUGCCAUUUCCGAUAUGUUUUUAGUGGAGAUAAUUUUACAAUCAAACGGAUGGGAUGUGAAAGAUUGGUACAAUACAUACACGGAUCUUCCAAAUUUACAAAAGAAAAUCUGUGUGGCCAAUCGAAACAUCAUCACAACCACCGACGCUGAACGAAAGGUUGUAACACCAGAAGGAUUACAAAAUGGCAUUGAUGAAAUUGUUGCAAAGUACCCACGUGGAAGAUCAUUUGUAAGACCGUCAGGCACUGAAGAUAUUGUGCGGGUUUAUGCUGAAGCUGCCACCAAUGAGGAUGUUGAACAUCUGGUAGCUGAAGUCUCACAGCUUGUGUAUGGACUGGCCGGCGGAAUUGGACCAGAACUAAACAGUACUGCCAAUGGAUUACCAAAUUAAAUAAAACCCCUUUUGGCCUUUCAUUUACUCGAAAAAAGAGAAACUCUUUUAUGAUAAAAAUAUUUUUUGCUUAUAACUAUUGGACCAUGAAGUUUUCCAUUGUUCAUCUUUUUAUACUUGGUGACUAAAAAAUUCAUACUCAACAGAAAAAAAAAACAAAUAAUUCUUAACUUAAUUUCACACAAAAGCAAUGUUUACCCGAGCUCUUGGGGUUUUGCGGUUUCGUUUAAUUUUCAUAAAAAAAAAGAAAAUUCGAAAUAAAUAAUAUUAUACGUAUAGGAA